AUGAUCAUCUACAGCACUGCCUACAAGGUGUCAUCCACCUUGGGCCUCAUUUAUCGAAGUCGGUCAAUGGCUCUUGCGCAGAAAAUUGCGCACCACGAACCUGGGUUGCCAUGUAUCACGCGAGAGACCUCAGACUGUGAUACGUUCCAGAGUUGA